UGUGAACCGGUAGCUCCACGCUAAGGCCGUUCACUUGAUUAUCACCAGUCUUUCAGUAAAUUUGCGUCGUUGGUUGUUACGUAUAACGUCUUUAAAUUCGCGCAGCUCGAAACAGUGAUUAUCUAAAGAAGUUCACCUUAACAAAAAUCGGGGUAUAGCGAUUGUUUUUCUCGUGAUUACAGGAUUCUCCAAAGAGUUAUGUCGACGGACGUGCGAGGAGUGGUAUUGUCCGGGACCGAGCUAGCAAAGGAGAUCCGAGAAAACCUAGCAAAAGAUGUUAAGGCUUUAAAAGGCAAACUGCCGAAUUUCGUACCUGGUUUAGCGAUUGUUCAAGUAGGAGGCAGGGAAGACUCAAAUGUUUACAUACGAAUGAAAAUAAAAGCGGCGGACGACAUUGGAAUCGCUGCGGAACACGUCAAACUCCCAAACACUACAACAGAAAUCGAAUUAAUAAAUAAAGUGAAUAACCUGAACAAUGAUCCGAAUAUUCACGGAAUUAUUGUACAAAUGCCCCUGGACAGUGUUAACCCAAUCAAUAGUCACCUGAUUACAGAUCUGGUGUCACCCGUCAAAGACGUUGAUGGGUUGAACACGAUUAACGAGGGAAAAGCGGCCAUCGGCGAUAUGACGGGAUUUUUGCCGUGCACCCCAAACGGAUGCAUCGAACUUAUCAAAAAGAGUGGAGUGCCUAUCGCUGGUGCCCAAGCCGUAGUUUUAGGCAGAAGCAAAAUUGUCGGUACGCCGGUAGCUGAAUUAUUGAAAUGGCAAAAUGCAACUGUAACGGUAUGUCACUCGAAAACGAAGAAUCUCCCGCAAGUUACCUCACAGGCUGAUAUCUUAGUGGUUGCUAUUGGUCAACCUCAGAUGGUCAAGGGAAGCUGGAUUAAACCAGGUGCAGUCGUAAUCGACUGCGGAAUAAAUAGCAUCCCAGAUUCUACAAAGAAAAGCGGACAACGUUUAGUAGGCGACGUGGAUUAUGAAGAAGCAGCGAAGGUAGCUUCGUACAUCACACCGGUACCUGGCGGCGUCGGCCCGAUGACUGUAGCUAUGUUGAUGAAGAACACGGUAAUCUCUGCUCAAAAAUCAGCAGAGAAACUAUUGAGUAAUAAGUGGAACUUAAGACCUCUGAAGAUCAAUCCGCAAAAGCCUGUACCCAGCGAUAUAACAAUAUCAAGGAGCCAAGAACCAAAGUCGAUCACGUCCUUAGCAGAAGAAAUUGGACUACACCCAAACGAAAUCAGUCCUUACGGUAGCAAGAAAGCGAAGAUUGGUUUGAACGUUCUGAAGAGGUUGAAGCAUCAACAAAACGGCAAACUCGUAGUAGUCGCUGGUAUCACUCCAACGCCUUUCGGAGAAGGCAAGAGCACCACGUCGCUUGGCUUGGUGCAAGCUCUAACCGCCCACAAGGGAAAGAACACGUUCGUUACUUUAAGACAACCCAGUCAAGGUCCCACCUUCGGAGUCAAAGGUGGAGCUGCAGGUGGAGGAUACUCGCAGGUUAUCCCCAUGGAAGAGUUCAAUUUGCAUUUGACCGGCGACAUCCACGCUGUGACCGCAGCCAAUAAUCUGUUAGCGGCGCAAAUCGAUGCUCGAUAUUUCCACGAAUCUACUCAAACCGACAAGGCUCUUUACGAUCGUCUUGUACCGACAGUCAAAGGCGAGAGGCGAUUUUCGAAAAUACAGUUGAGACGUUUAGAGAAGCUUGGUAUUACAAAGACUGAUCCAAAUAGUUUGACAGAAGAAGAAAUCAGAAAAUUUGCAAGGCUCGACAUCGAUCCCGAAAAUAUUACUUGGACCCGAGUGGUUGACACGAACGAUCGAUUUUUGCGAAAAAUCACUAUCGGACAGAGCCCAACCGAAAAAGGUAAAACGCGAGAAACAUCUUUCUGUAUUUCUGUUGGUUCUGAAAUAAUGGCGAUACUUGCACUCGCCACUAGCGUCGAAGACAUGAAACAAAGGCUAGGUAACAUGGUGGUAGCUUUCAACAAGAAUGGAGAACCUUUAACUGCUGAAGAUUUUGGUAUGACCGGAGCAAUGGCAAUUUUAUUGAAAGAUGCCAUUGAGCCAACGCUCAUGCAAUCCUUAGAAGGAACUCCGGUAAUGGUUCAUGCUGGACCGUUUGCAAACAUAGCGCACGGUUGUUCUUCGAUUAUAGCAGACGCUAUUGCACUGAAGCUAGUCGGACCAGAAGGUAUCGUAGUAACGGAAGCUGGAUUCGGUUCUGAUAUCGGAAUGGAGAAAUUCUUUGAUAUCAAAUGUCGUACAUCCGGACAUGUGCCAAACGCUGUCGUACUCGUGACAACCGUUAGGGCACUGAAAAUGCAUGGUGGUGGUCCUCCAGUAACCGUUGGCGCUGCCUUGAAAAAAGAAUACCGUGAGGAAAAUCUUGAGUUAGUUAGGAAAGGUCUCCCGAAUCUCCAAAAGCAUAUCAGUAACGGAGUUAAAUUUGGUGUGCCAGUUAUCGUCGCAAUUAAUGUACACGCUACUGACACGCAGGCAGAAUUAGAAUUAGUAAAGGAUGCAGCGAUUAAAAGCGGUGCAACAGAUGCAGUCAUAUGCAAUCACUGGGCAGAAGGUGGCGCCGGCGCCAUAGGCCUUGCGGAAGCAGUUAUAGCAGCCACGAGCAAACCCAGUAAUUUCAAAUUAUUGUACGAUCUCCGUGACAGUAUCGAAAACAAAAUUAAUAUUAUCGCCAAAGAAGUGUACGGAGCUGGACAAGUUGUACUUGCAGAUAAGGUGCAGAAAAAAAUUGAAUUGUACAAUAAACUAGGGUACGAUAAAUUACCUCUUUGCAUGGCGAAAACAUCGAACUCUUUAACAGGCGAUCCAUCGAUUAAAGGCGCACCUAAAGGUUUCACUCUCGAUAUUACAAAUAUAUUUGCGUCUGUUGGAGCAGGUUUUGUAGUACCUAUGGUUGGAGAUAUAAUGAUGAUGCCAGGUCUUUCUACAAGACCAAGUAUUUACGAUAUGGACUGGAACAGCGAAACAGAUGAAAUCGAAGGCCUAUUUUAAAUGUUGUAUUUUGAAUGUUGUAAACAUUCCUAUAAUUCGACAUAGCCUAUUUUUAAGUAUCUAGUAAUAAUUGUUACAAUUGUUCUGUUUGAUUCAAAUGUUUUAUUUUUCAUCUGAAUUAUAGGAUACUUACAUUAGUAUGUAUUACAAUGUACAUGUGUUUCGACAAGAUAAACUUCAUUUUAUACUAAAUAAAAUCGUAAUAAAAUCGUUCUGUA